UCACAAGAAAAAUGUCUGCAACUGCAAUCUUUAUCUCCAGUCCAAAUAACUGCUCCGACUACCAUUUGGGAAGAAGGAAUCGCAGAGACCACCACCGGGUUUUGUUCUCCGAUCACUCCCUAAUUCUCAAUUCGAAAAGCUCAUCAUCAUCACCCUUGGUCCAGAUCUUCGUCAGAUACCCAUAUGGGAGGACCCAAAAGAGGACUUCUUCAAUCUCUACUCCUCCCUUUAAACCCUUCGUCCCUGUCAUGGAAUGGCAGGAAUCCACGGUUAAGAUGGACAUUAACGUACCUAUUUCAGUUGCCUAUAACUGUUAUUCUGAUCGCGAAGCCAUUCCCCGUUGGAUGCCCUUCAUUUCAUCUGUGAAGAUUUUGGAGGAUAAGCCAGACCUAUCACAAUGGUCACUAAAGUAUAAAGCAUUUGGCCGCGAUAUUGAAUUCUCUUGGCUUGCUCGAAAUAUGCAGCCCAUCCCCAAUCAGAAAAUCCACUGGAGAUCUCUUGAUGGUCUCCCUAACAGAGGAGCAGUGCGAUUUUUUCCAAGAGGUCCUUCAUCUUGUGCAGUAGAACUAACUGUUGCAUAUGAAGUUCCUCAACUCCUGGCUCCAGUGGCAUCGGCACUAAAACCAUUUCUUGAGAACUUGCUCUUACGUGGUUUAGAAAGAUUUGCGAAUUUUGCAAAAACCUACUCCUCGGACUCAACCAAGUGACGUCUAAAUUAUGGAACUUGGGGUGAUGGGUGAUGGCUUUCACCAAUGUAUCAUUAGAAGUGGAACAUUCUUUGCAAAGAAAGUUUGACGACAUUCAAAUGUAACCAUCUGUACAUUGUAAAAGGAGAACCGAGAAAACUCCAUUUUUUCAACUGAUUGAAGUCUUGGAUGUAUCGCCGAGUUCUUUGUAGCAAGAGUGACAUUGCUCAAUCAAUAGAAGGGCUUGUGGGCUCGAGUCAUUGUGUGGGUCGGC